GCACGCAAGUGUACAGUUUGGAUGGACAGGCGGCAGAUGCAGCCAUGAGGAUUCUUCAAAUUGUGAUACUGACCUUGAUCGUUGCCUAUCCCGAUCAAGUUCUGUGCGGCAGCAAGCGCACCAAGGACAAGAAAGCGUCUCAUAAGGGUCCUUGCGGGAAGCCCUAUCUGAGGCAGCUGAAUGGAAGAUGCUACUACUUCGCCGUCAAGAAGAUGAACUGGUUUGGCGCCCAAAACAAUUGCCUGCGUAAGGGUCUCAAUCUGGCGGAUCUGGGCAGUCCGGAGGACUACAAAGCGGUGCUCAGCUUCCUGAAUACGCGUGGCAACAUGGAGGACUACUGGUUCGGGGGCAACGACCUGCAGGCGGAGGGUCGAUUCACCUACAUCAGCAAUGGCCGUAUGGUCCGCUAUCUGGGGGACAAGGGCAUGGUGGAGCCGACGCAUCGCUCCAAUCUGGACGACUGUCUGGAGGUGAGGCUGCGCGUGAACAACACCGUGGUCACCGACGACAACUGCCUCGAGAAGCAGUACUUUAUCUGCGAGAAAUCCGCCCAGAAGUGCGCCCAGCCAACGAGAGAUGCGGACCCCAAUACACAGCACAGCCACGAGCACUUGCAUCACUUCCACCACGACCCAGCAAAAGGAGACAAGCAGGGAGGGAGCGUUCAGGAAGGUAUGGAAAGCGAUUCGCGGCCGAUUGAUAAUACGAAUUCAGCGGAGGUUGGGGAAACGAGCGCUGAGGCGGCGGCGGAGGAGGAGCUUGGAAAAGAGCCAGAAGAUACGAAUGUCCCGGCACCUGAGGUCCCAGAGGAGGAACAGAUCGACGAGGGUCCGACCGGCGAUGAAGCUGAAAAAGAAGCCCCUUCGUCUGAAGAUGCCGAACUUGCUGGCGGAAGUGAAUCUCCAGCGGGUGAUGAGAAGUCGUCGCCGGAGGGUGAAACCCCAAGUCCCGAGGGUGAAGUUGAGGGUAUUUCCAGCGUCCAGCCUGAAGGUUCUGAAGCCACAGCCCUCGGUGCAGUCGAGGGUGGUGCGAGCGCCCAGCCUGAAGGUGCCGAAACUACAGCCGCUGGCCCAGUCGAGGGUGGUGCGAGUGCCCAGCCUGAAGGUGCCGCAACCACAGGCGCAGGUCCAAUCGAGGGUGGUGCGAGUGCCCAGCCUGAAGGUGCCGCAACCACAGGCGCAGCUCCAAUCGAGGGUGGUGCGAGUGCCCAACCUGAAGGUUCUGAAACCCCAGCCCCCGGUGCAGUCGAGGGUGGUGCGAGUGCCCAGCCGGAAGGUGCCGAAACCACAGCCGCCGGUGCAGUCGAGGGCGAGGGUGGUGCGAGUGCCCAGCCGGAAGGUGGCGAAACCACACCCGCUGGUGCAGUCGAGGGUGGUGCGAGUGCCCAGCCUGAGGGUGCCGAAACCACAGCCGCCGCUGGUGAAGCUGAAGCAGGAGGUGGUGCCGAAACCACAGCUGCCGCUGGUGAAGCUGAGGCAGGAGGUGGUGCCGAAACCACAGCUGCCGCCGGUGAAGCUGAGGCAGGAGGUGGCGCCGAAACAACUGCAGCUGCCGGUGAAGCUGAAGCAGGAGGUGGCGCCGAAACAACUGCAGCCGCCGGUGAAGCUGAAGCAGGAGGUGGCGCCGAAACAACUGCAGCCGCCGGUGAAGCUGAAGCAGGAGGUGGUGCCGAAACCACUGCUGCCGCCGGUGAAGCUGAGGGUGGUGCGGGCGCCCAGCCUGAAGGCGCCGAAACCACUGCCGCCGUGGAAGGCGAUGUAGCGAAACCGGAAGGGGCAGAGGAAACGACUGUAGCAGCUGCAUAAAACCCCAAUCCCGAUCCCCAGACCACACCCCCGCCCAGCCACGGAACCACUGAAGCGAAUGUCUAGUAAUCUAAGUGAUCGAUGAAUAUACAUACAAAUAUGAUUGAGUUUUCAAAGGAAUAAAGUGAGGCAAGCGAGAGAGCGAGCGAGCGAGA